CGCCUGGGGCAGGGCAGCAGCACAUCUUGUGUUGUUCUUGAUUCGUGUUUUCCCUCCUCGUAUCUCCUGUUCCAAGCCUUUUUCUUUCGUCUGGAUCCGGUAUUUCUGCUCUUCUCCAGGGUAAGAGUCUACUUUGAGCGCGUCGGCUCUGAUCGUGGUCUGGCCCGCCGCCUUUUCCUGCGUUUGUCGUUGCCGCCUAUACCCAACCAACAUAUGAUAGCAAAGAAGGUUUUUUGGGAACAUCCUUGUUGUCAUACAUCCCGCGCUAGGAGAGGUUUUACGCGUUGUGCUUGUGGCCAUAGUUUCUUUUUGGGCUAUUCACCAUCGGCUGCAGUCUUGGGUUGGCGUUGAUCCGUGACGGCCUGUUGACGUCUGCUUUCUCUUCUCUACAGGCUCCCUGCGGUUCUCAUACUCAAUCUGGUGACAAUAUGCCGGCUCUGAACAUGCCUCAGCCCCCUCCCAAGGAUGACCUUGACGCAACAUGGACAUUCUUGGAGAAGGGUAUCAACAGCGUCAUGCUGAAGUUGGAGGAUGGUAUUGAUAUGCAGACUUACAUGGUCUUGUACACGACUGUACACAACUUCUGCACAUCGCAAAAGGCAGUGGGAAAUGGACAACAACACUUACAUACUCAUCGUGGCGCACAUCUUCAAGGUGAAGAACUCUACAAGCUACUAGGCUUAUACCUCUCUCGCCAUCUCCACGACGUCUCCCGUGAAUCUCAGAAACACACUGAAGAAGGAUUGCUGGCAUUCUAUAUCCGAGAGUGGAUUCGCUACACGACUGCCGCCAAAUACGUCAACCACCUUUUCCGCUACCUCAACCGCCACUGGGUUAAGCGGGAGAUUGAUGAGGGAAAAAAGAAUGUUUACGACGUCUACACACUGCACCUCGUCAAGUGGAAGGAAGAUUUCUUCGCCAACGUCCAUGAGAAGGUCAUGGAAGCUGUGCUCAACCUGAUCGAGAAACAGCGCAACGGAGAGACGAUUGAGCAAUCCCAGAUAAAGAGCAUCGUUGAUUCUUUUGUGUCUCUUGGUCUGGAUGAGAAUGACAUCACCAAGAGCACUCUUGAAGUUUAUCGAUUCUAUUUCGAGAAGCCUUUCAUCCAGGCGACAAGAGUCUACUAUGAGAACGAGUCGCGGCAAUUUGUUGCUGAGAACAGCGUCGUGGAAUACAUGAAGAAGGCGGAGGCCCGUUUGGAAGAAGAAAAGGCUCGCGUGGGCUUAUAUUUACAUCCCGAUAUCACCAAGUAUCUUACAGAUACUUGUUUAGAUGUGCUCGUCACAGCCCAUUCCGCUUUGCUCCGCGAUGAAUUCCAAGUUCUGUUAGACAACGAGCGACAAGAAGACCUGGCUCGGAUGUACCGACUUCUGUCGCGUAUCAAAGACGGUUUGGACCCUCUUCGAGCCAAGUUCGAAACCCACGUGCGCAAGGCAGGUCUGGCCGCGGUGGAAAAGGUUGCCACAGAGGGCGAGACUUUCGAACCGAAGAUGUACGUCGACGCUUUGCUGCAGGUUCACACACGAUACCAGUCUCUUGUCAACGACGCGUUCAACGGAGAGUCAGAGUUUGUGCGGUCGCUGGAUAACGCCUGCCGGGAAUUUGUCAACCGCAACACUAUCUGCAAAUCUAGUUCCACCAAGUCUCCAGAGCUGCUAGCUCGAUACACUGACUCCUUACUGAAGAAGGGUGCAAAGGCGGCGGAAGAGUCGGAGCUGGAAGAGAUGUUGGUGCAGAUCAUGACCGUCUUCAAAUAUAUCGAGGACAAGGAUGUGUUUCAGAAGUUCUACUCGAAGAUGCUCGCGAAACGUUUGGUGCAUGUGAACUCGGUCUCGGACGACGCCGAGACGAGCAUGAUCAGCAAACUUAAGGAGGCCUGUGGUUUCGAAUACACAAACAAGCUGCAGCGCAUGUUCCAAGAUAUCCAGAUCUCCAAGGAUCUCAAUGCCAACUACCGGGAUUGGCAGGAGAAGGUGCUCGACGACGAGGACCGCAAGAAGUUGCUUGAUUCGCACUUCCAGGUUCUGGGCACGGGCUUCUGGCCUCUGAACCCGCCCACGACCGACUUCCUAGCGCCGCCCGAGAUUGUUCGGACUGCCGAGCGGUUCCAGACUUUCUACUUUGACAAGCACAAUGGCCGUAAACUCACCUGGCUCUGGCAGCUCUGUAAGGGUGAAGUGAAGACCAAUUACAUCAAGAGCACCAAGGUGCCGUACACAUUCCAAGUGUCCACGUUUCAAAUGGGGAUACUCUUGCUCUUCAACGAAACCGACAGCCUGGAAUACUCGGACAUUCAAAAAGCUACCUCGCUAGCGCCAGAGAUCCUUGAGCCCAACCUCAGCAUCUUUCUCAAGGCCAAGGUGCUCACCGCCACCCCCGAGGGGUCCAAACCUGGGCCCGGUGUGGUGUUUAAUCUGAACUACAACUUCAAAAACAAGAAGAUCAAGGUCAAUCUUAACAUCCAAAUUAAAUCCGAGCAAAAGGUCGAGUCGGACGAUACACACAAGACUAUUGAAGAGGACCGAAAGCUACUUCUUCAGUCCGCUAUUGUGCGUAUCAUGAAAUCACGCAAGAAGAUGAAACAUGUGCAGCUGGUGCAAGAGGUCAUCCAGCAGGUCAAGUCGCGAUUCCCGCCCAAGGUGCCGGACAUUAAGAAAAACAUCGAGGCCCUGAUGGAGAAAGACUAUAUUGAGCGCCUGGACGGUGACGAGAUUGCAUACAUUGCUUGAAUUUCCUACCUGCAUGUUCUUAUGAGCGCUAGUUAGCAUCUUUCUCUCUGCCUCUCCUCCUUCCCGUCAUCGAACAAUCAUAUUGGAUGAUAGGGAUACCGUAUCAUUGCUUAUUUUUGCUCUCUCUCUCUCUCUCUCUCUCUCUCCAUCUCCAUUUGCCCAUGACAGCGCCGACAUGAACAAUGAUAAUGCAUUACUCUCCUGAAUGUGGACAGUAUAGGAUAC